GAACACAGGGAGGCUGGAAAGCUGUGCGUGUGACUGGGAGGUUAGGAGGAAGGCAAGGGGUAUUACUCAGAGAAAGGUAAACCGAGGCACGGCCGCGCGGGAGCUUCGCCCACCACCAGAAGCACAUGCUGCCCUCCCCUUUCAGGAUGGCCUGGGACUCACUGUGCAGCAGAGACUUACUGCGCCCCACAAUAAGAGCCUCAUGCCGGACUCGAGGAAGCCAGAGCAGCGAUGAGACACCAUCUCUGGAGGAGCUGCGGCGCCUGCUCUGGACAAAGGCACGCCCCACUGGGCACGUGGAUGAAGUCUGGCCAAACCUUUACGUGGGAGACCUGUAUGUCGCUCGUGACAAAGCACAGCUGAGCCAAAUGGGCAUUUCUCACAUUGUGAACGCUGCUGCCGGGCGAUUUCGCAUCGACACCGGGCCCAAGUUCUACAAAGACCUGCCUGUGGAUUACUAUGGAGUAGAAGCAGAGGACAACCCCAGCUUUGAUCUCAGCAUUUACUUCUACCCGGUUGCUCGGUACAUAAGAGCGGCAUUGAAUUCCCCAAGAGGCAAAGUACUGGUUCACUGCGCGAUGGGAAUCAGUCGAUCUGCAACUCUUGUGCUCGCCUUCUUAAUGAUCUGCGAGAACAUGUCCCUCACCGACGCAAUUCAGGCUGUGCGCUCACACAGAGGGAUCUGCCCCAACUCCGGCUUCCUCGAGCAGCUUCGCAAGCUGGACCUCCAGCUGGGGAGGGACAAACACAGAGGAGCAGAGCCCUUGGGGCCUGUCUCCUACUACCAGACACAAAGACACUGCCCAAGCUGAAGACGGGGCACAGAUGCUGCGGAGACUUGGCUGUAGCUGCACUGAGAAACUCCUCUGGAAACGGCUGGUAGGAGCUCGGUAUGUAUUUUUUGGAUAAGCCCACUAAUUGAAAGAAAAUGAAAUAAAGAGGGAUUCGUAUUGGAAA